CACGAUAGGUGGUCUAUCGACAAGAGGUUGCGAGAGGUCUUGACUUCGUCGCUGAAAUCCCGAAAUAAUCUGAAGAUUAAUUAAAGGACUGUCCAAAGUUGCAAAAUAGUGUUCUUCGGAAAAAUUGUAGACGACAAUUUGCGACCCUUGACUUAAUUCAUACAACGAAUGGAGAAAUAUUUAAGUUAUCAGUGCAAAUGCAAUUAAAAGGAUUCUCGAGAAGAUAAUCUAUGGAAUUUUUUAGAGGAUUUUUUAAAUUUUAAAUUCUUACACGCAGUGAUCUUUUGUAGGAGAUUUAUUAGACAAUCAUUGUGACAGUAAAAAAAUUGCAAAUCUACAAAUAUUUAAAACAUCGAGUGAAAUUAAAGUAAAAUCGAACAAUGUGAGACACUAAAGUAUAUUUAAAAUCUAAUACAAAUUUCUCCGUAAUAUCUUUUUGAAGAAUUGCAAACAAUGUAUAAUUAUAAUAAUUUGAACAAUCUUCGUAAUAAAUAAAUCUGAUCUGAAUGACAAUCGGUGCAAUUGUAAAGUGCAAUCUGAGAACUAAGGAAUAGCAUUCUGAAUAAUAUUCGAAGAUUAAACAAACUCUAAUAUAAUGAAAAGACUGACCAAACACGCAAGAAUAAUAUUUAGUUUGAAAUUUUAGUUGAAAAAUAUUUAAAAAGAUCGUGAAAAACAGCAUAUUAUAUAUAAUUAAAAAAUCAUUUUUAUUUAAUAAAUGAAAAAAUUCGUUUUUAUCAAAAUAUGUCAUGAUAAAAAUUUCUGGAAAUUAUCGUGUAAAAAUUUCUCCCCGCAGUCUCGCGUAACGCAAUAUGUCAAUCAAAAAAAUAGAUAAAGCAAUCUGUUUGCGGUAAAUCUAAUAGAAUAAUUAAUAAAAUGACAUAAGAGGAAUCCUCAACUCUCUAAAAGAAUAUAAUUGAUGCGUUCAAUAACUGCCAAUAUGCGAAUAAGCGAAUGAAAUAAGGAUCUGUGAAAUAUGAAAAAGAUUUUAUAGAAAUAUAAAAAUAUAAAAAAGUGCGAUAAAAGAAAUUAUUCUUAAAGAUACAUUAUCUCUCGAGUGUAGCUGUGCGAAGAAAUGUCUGCGAUCUGUAACUGACAAAGUAAUGCAAGUCCGAAUUUGUUUAUCUCGACGUCGUAAGUGGCGUCGCACUGGAUGGGAGCGAAGGCAUUCCGGAACAACCGAUUAACAAGUGUUGCGCUAAAUCUCGACACGUGCCGUUCAGUUCGGUUCGCCAAGACACGUGCCGUUGUAUUUAGAAAUAUUAUCCUGCACGCGCCUAGAACUCUGACACGUGUCGAUUCUAUCUCUCGAUCCUCGAGACGUGAUCGAGUGCUCGAUUCAAAAUUCCGGCGAUACGGCCAAUAUGUAAUUAUCACAAGGGGAUUUAGAAUUCAGUUAGCACACAAUCGUUCGGUAAUCAAAUCCAAAAUGUCUAACGCGAACAAUUAAAUGACGUGAGACACAUCACUUUCAUUUACGUCUAGUCAAACGAUCUAGUCAUAUCAUUUAUGUUAAUUAAUAACCAGAGUUCAUUCUCUGGACUCCACGAGUACGCUAAAUUAAAUCGCAUUGUAAUUAAUAUAAGUGAAAGAUUCGCGAUAACGAGCGCAUAAAAUAAGCGUUACAUUUGAGUGAUUAUCGGCGAACACAAUCAUCAUUAUCAUCAUGUAUUCGAUGGACCAUCUUGAGAGAGACAUGAUGAAUCGGCAAUACAUAUACGAGGCGCACAACUUCCUGGGGAAUCCGGCGAUCCCGGCGUUGCCGCCUCAUUGCGGCGUGCCAACAACGGCGACGCUUCCUACUGUCAUCCCGUCGCAGCUGCCGUCAUCUCAUCAUCCCUCCGGUAGCACCGGUAGCACUAGCGGCAGUGAGCAUUACCUGUACGAUGAAAACAGCAGCGACAACGAGAGUGCCUAUAGCAGCGAUCAAGAGAAUCACACGAGGGAACGAAGUCGAGGCAAUCGACGCAGCGGAGCAUCGGGAAAAUGCCCGAGACAGGUACAGGUACAGCAGCGGCAGGCGGCGAAUAUGAGGGAGCGAAGACGUAUGCAAAAUAUAAACGAUGCUUUCGAGGGUCUGAGGGCCCAUAUACCGACUUUGCCGUAUGAGAAGAGGCUAUCGAAGGUUGACACGCUGAAGCUCGCGAUCGGUUACAUAAACUUCCUCAACGAGCUCGUCCGGAUGGACAAGAGUAACGAUCCGUUGACGGGCAGUAGCGGUCUCUCGAGAUGUUCCAAGGACGAUAAGAAGAUCAUAGUCCGUGGAUGCGGUGGAAAUCCGUUUAUCUCGCAUUCGCUCUCGUGGUCGAGAAAAUCGGAUAUCUCGCCGAAUGGUACGAUGUACGCGAAAGUUUGGACGCCGGAGGAUCCGCGAGCGUCCAAAAGCGGGACGCCUUUCGAGUAGACAGGAGCGUUGACAAUAGAAAAAUGUACGACUUUCGUAAGACUCCACUUAUACAAGGGAAGGAAGGAUGCGUCACUUGUGAUGAACGAGGGCGUUCCUCAUCUCGCGUGUUAUUUAGUGUCUAAGCAGAAGUGUUUCUAGUCACUGAUCCUUGUCAUGCGAUUUCUAUCUUUUCGAAUCUUGUCUCCGUUUCUUUAAAAUUCUUUAGGCAUAAAUAUAAUUGCGAUUAAUUAUAAUAAUAUUUAUUUAUUUCUCGCGAAUUUAUUUAUUUCAUCGAAAAGGCAAUUGCGUUAUAAUAAAUCGAACAGCUGUUGCAAAAUACACACGUCAAAAGAGAAAAAAAUGUUUUACUUGAAAAUAAAAACAACAUCCUAUUGCAUUUUUAUAGAUAGAUGCAAUCCAAAUAUAUUUUUAACUCCGAAGCGAAUUUCAAAGUUCAAUAAUGUUUUUUUUUUUUUAAUUAAUAGUAUAAUUGAUCUUCUCGAUUUAGAUUUUAUUUCUAAAAAGAGAGUAAAUCGCAUUUAUUUUGCAAUAGCCAUAUUAGUUUCCAUACUUUUUAUCUUUUGUACUAUCAAAUCUUUAUAAUAUUUAUGAGAUAUUUUUACGAAUGUUCAAAGAGCAGAACGUGGUUUGUAAAUAGAAAUUAUCAAAUAGACGAAUUAAUGGAUAUGUACAUCGUUUAUACAUCAUUAUCGCGACUUAACAGA